AUGUCGGAGGAUUUAGCGCCGAUGGGACCGAAGCCUUCGCUGCACCGUGCGAUCUUGAAGCCAGUAGCAUCGUCAGCGGUGGCGGCAAGUACGGGUGCUGCUUAUGAUACACCGGAGGGUGGUGUGGUAGAGGACCUACGUUUAGAAUUUGGGAGUCCGGCUAAGAUGGUGGAGUUUCUAGCUACACAUCCACGGAUCCGAUUCGUGGAUAUCUGUUUCAAUGAUCCGAUAGGUCAGUGGCACCAUUGCACUUUUUCAGCGGAGUUCAUUACGGAAGAGAACUUGAGGGCAGGGUAUGGUUUUGACGCGUCUUCCAUUCCGAUGUUCGAGAAGAUUGAGAACAGCGACUUCGUGAUGGUACCUGACGUGAGCACGUGUUUCCUGGACCCAUUUGCGCACUUCCCGACACUCCAAUGUGUAGCGGACAUAGCAACACCACUGGGGUCAGACUAUGAGAAGUGUCCACGUCGUGUAUUAAAGCGAGCUGUGGACUAUCUCCGUAAGUCGGGCGCGGGUGAGAAGGUUUAUUUUGGACCGGAAGCUGAAUUCUUUGUCUUCAACGACGCUGAGUUCUACGUCAACGAGAACUGUGUCGGUUAUUCCCUCAACGGUGAUGAAGCUUACUGGAACGGGAAGGGCGGGGACCACAACCUGGCACAUCGAGCACAGAAGAAACAGGGCUAUAUGACUUCACGACCAAUGGAUCGCAUGGCCAACCUGCGUUCGGAAAUGCUGCUGGUGUUGCAGCAGCUCGGCAUCAACACGGAGAAACACCACCACGAAGUGGCUACUUGCCAAAUGGAACUGAAUGUGCACUCGGACGACGCCCUCCGAGCCGCCGACCAUCUCAUGAUGCUUAAAUACGUGGUUCGGAAUGUCGCUAACCGGCGUGGGAAAACGGCCACCUUCAUGCCGAAGCCGUUGGCGUGCGAUAACGGUUCUGGGAUGCACUGCAAUCAAUCAGUGUGGAAGAACGGCGAAAACGUCUUCUUCGACCCGGAAGGCAAGUUCAUGGAGCUGUCCGACCUAGCUGUCCACUACAUGGCCGGUAUAUUGCACCACUGCAAAGCCCUCCUCGCCUUCUCCUGUCCCACCACCAACUCUUACAAACGCCUCGUGCCCGACUUCGAGGCACCCGUACAUAUCACAUACUCUGCCGGGAAUAGAUCCACCGCUAUUAGGGUCCCAAGUUUUGCCUCCAAGAACAGCAAACGCAUCGAAUUCAGAAUGCCCGACGCGUCCUGCUCACCAUACCUAGCCUUCGCCUCCCAGGUCAUGGCCGGCCUCGACGGCAUACAAAGAAAACUUGAACUACCCCUCAUGGGCUCAGGAAACCUCUUCGACGAAAAUAACCCCUGCCUCAAAUAUAUAGAAAGAGCACCACACUCAUUGGAAGGAGCCCUCGAUGCCCUCCAAAAGGACCACGACUUCCUCCUACAGGGAGCCGUCUUCAGCGAAAACUUCAUCCAGUCAUUCAUCAAAUUCAAAAGAAAGGAAUCCUCACAAAUGAACGGACAUCCACAUCCCAGAGAAUUCCAACUCUACUACGGCAUCUAG